AUCGUCAAAGAACACUUUUUUGAUUUUUCUCUAUUUUAAAGUUUCUUCCUUUCAUCUAUAAAUCGGCAGAUCAUCUUCCCUUUUAUGACACACACUCUUUCUUCUAUUGGUUUCUCAUAAGAAGAUUUGAUUUUUUUUUUGCUUUUAUAGAUUCUGGGAAUAGUUUAGAGAUGGGGAGAUUGUUCUUGGUGAAUUUGGAAGGCAAGUCUUACAGUUGUAAGCACUGCAAGACCAAUCUUGGUCUCUGUGAUGAUGUUGUCUCUAAGUCUUUUCAAUCCCGACAUGGGAAAGCUUACCUCUUCAGUAAGGUAGUGAAUGUUUAUGCUGGGAAGAAGGAAGAUAGGAUGAUGAUGACGGGAAUGCACACCGUAGUUGAUAUUUACUGUGUCAAAUGUGGCUCUUAUGUUGGAUGGAAAUAUGAGUUUGCUUUUGAGAAGAAUCAAAAGUACAAGGAAGGAAAAUCGGUUCUCGAAAGGUACAAGGUUUGGGGUCCAGAUGGGAACAAUUAUUGGGUGGCUCAAGAAGUUGAAGCCGGAGAUAGCGAUACUGAUGAUGCUUGAUCUCAUCAUUCAUAUCUGAUUUGUACAUUCCCUCCUCCAACUCUUUCAUCUUUUUUUAUUCUUUUUUCCUCAUUUUGUAAACCAUCCAUCUUACAUUAGAACAGCUUCCAAAAUCAAUUGUUUGGUCAUUGCUGCAACUACUUUGGACACAUAAGUUAAAGAUCUCUCAUUAUCUUA